GUUCUGGAUGCGGGGAACCUUGCAAAGCUGAGCCUACCAGGUGUGGUUCCACGUGGCACUUCUGUGUCCUCUGGCUCCAGCAUGAUCGUGACGCCGAAGGGCGAGCAUUAUUUCGUGAAGUGCAGGACCUACGGCUACCGCUGCCUGAAUUGUGAUUCCUGCAGUCCAGACAUAAGAGCUCUCAAGGCUUUGAAGUGUGAUACUUCAGUUGCUGAUGCAGCCUUAGAGGCUGAAGCUGCGGGUGAGCUACAGGAACUUCAGGAGCUCGAGGCUGAGGGUCGUUUACUCCAGGAUUUGCUGGAUCAGGAGCAACGAGAGCUAGAGGCACUUAUGCUGCAAUCUGAGAUCGAAGAACUUGAAAGGCAGGUGGCUCUAGAGGAACAACAGCUCAUGGAGGCAAAAAUCUUGAGUUUGGAGGAAGCAGCACGUGCAGCCAGGGUUGAGGAUUCCAGGCAAGAUGUACCAGUGGCAAAACGGGCCCGUGUUGAAGGACCCCAGCAGGUUCAGUUGAUGCAGGAGAUUUUGCCAGCAGCAAGCGAGGCAAACGAGGCCAACAGGGCUCUGAUCCAGGAGGUUUCGCCAGCAGCAGGCAAGGCAAGCGAGGCCAAAAGGGCGCUGACUCAGGAGGUUUUGCCAGCAGCAGGACCUGACUGUUUCGAUACGAUUCCCUACGACUGGGAAACCGUGGGCCUCGAUGAUGACGUGGAGCCCGAGCCCUCCGAAGACCUGAGCGCAAAGGUUGCUGGCUCGGGCCAUCCACGGCUGAUGCGGUUGUGCCAGGUUGAGGAUACCCAGCUUGAGGAUGAUUCUGACGAUAAUGGCAAUGCUAGCCCAGAAUGCAAGGGCUCUCCGAGCCAAGGGGAGGGUCUCAGCCCGACUGACGCCGAAGCUGAAGCUGAUGCGGUGUCCCUGGUCAUCGCCCCGAGUGAAGCAGAAAUCUGCCCACCUUGCCCCACCGACAGCAAGGUGAAAUCCCUUUCUCCUGCCGAGCAGUCUCGGAUGAGUGGGGCUAAGGCUAAAGGCAAAGCUAAGGGGAAAGCCAAAGCCAAAGCUAAGUGUCCCAGGGAGGCAGAGGAUGAGGACAAGGAGGGAAGUGAUGUUAGUGAUGAUGAGGAGGACAGCAAGCCGGCACUGAAGCGGCCGUCCGGCCGUGGAUUGUGCCGAGGUGGUGGCCGCGGUGGCCGUGGUGGUCGCACUGGUGCCUGCAGCCAGGCUACAAGGGGCCGGGGCCGUGGACGGGGCAGGGGAAAGAAUGCCAAGGAUGAUGAAAAUGAUGACGAUGAGGCUUCGGGAACAGAGGAUGAGGAGGACGCCGAGGAGCCCAAGCCCUCCCCGAAGAAGGGAACAGAACCCAAAGGAAGGACCAAUGCUUCGAAGGACAAUGGGGCAGCCGAUGCUUCAAAAGCCAAGCCCAGAGGUAAGGCUAAAGCUAAAGCUGUGGCCAAGUCGAAGGAGCAACUUGCUAAGGAGGCCAAGAGCAGGAAAUCCGUUGCCUACCACCGAGCCUACAAAAGUGCAAAGGACAAGGGUAAGUCAGAUGCUGACUGCAAGCUUGCUGCAAAGAAGGGGAAGGUGCUCGCACCAUGGGGUUUCAAGUUCCGAUGCCUCCACGACGAGCUCCUCGUGUCCAGCAAUGGCAAGUUCGUGCUUGCCUUGCAGGUACUUUUGCUUCGCUGGAUGAAAACAUUGUCCUAUGGUGGAAGCUAUGAGUUCUUCGAGCUGUUUGCAGGGGAGGGCAAAGUUACUGGAGUGUGGCACGAGAAGGGCUACACCACGGCCAGCUUCGACAAGCUCUACGGAGACCCUAUGGACUUCCUCAAGAACAGCGGGUUCACGAUCGCUUGCUGGGUUGUGAUGAACGAAGUGCCCGAUGGAUUUAAUCUCAUCGGGCCUGAUUGCAGCUCUUGGGGUAUGCCAGCAAGAGCCAGCAGCAUGCGGUCGACCAUAAACCCGUAUGGGAGAAUGGGCAAUUCCUGGGUGUCUUCGAACUACUGCUUGGUCAGCAGGCUUGUGCUGCUCCUACUCCUGAUGCUUUCUCGACAUUGCACUUGGGUGGUAGAGCAACCCAUUCAUAGUUUGCUGCCAUCCCACCGGAGAUGGGAGUGGAUGUGCAACCAGGUUGUCAAAGUCUACAAGCAAUCCUUCUGGAUGAUGCUGCACGGCGCCGGAUGCCCCAAAAGAACCCUGGUUCUGUCGCCAAUGGCUACAAUAGCUGAGCUAGACCUUGGUCGCCUCACCAAAGCUGAGAAAGAAAAGCGCUGCACCUUCAAGACAGUCCGUAGGCACCGGGGAAAGGACGGGAAGAUGAAGUUCUCCGGCCAGAAGGGAGAGCUGAAGAAAUCUGGGCACCUGGCUGGUCAUUAG